AUGGCCUGCAACCGGCCCACCGUCAGUAAGGCAUUGGACAAGUUGUUGGCCUACCGCCCCUCGGCUGCCAAAUUUCCCAUCGUCGUGAGCCAAGACUGCGGACACGCGGAGACAAAGGCCACCAUUCAGCGCUAUGGCCAGCAUGGCGUCCAGCUCAUCGAGCAACCUGAUCUGGGAACGCCAAAGGUCGAGCGUGGUCACCAGAGCUUUGUGGGCUACUACAAAAUCAGCCGGCAUUACAAGUGGGCCCUGACUCAGAUGUUUGAUGUCAAACAUUACGACGCCGUCAUCAUUGUCGAGGACGACUUGGAAAUUGCGCCCGAUUUCUUUGAAUACAUGACGCUAGGCAACACGCUGCUGCAGCGCGAUCCCACGCUCUGGUGCAUCAGUGAUCACGUUCCGAGUGCGCUCACGCAAACACCCCUAGCCUGGAACGACAACGGGAAGGAAAACUACGUUAAAGAUCCGGCUGCACUCUUUCGCUCCGACUUUUUCGGCGGCCUGGGCUGGUUGCUUCGCAAAAACAUGUGGGACGAGUUGAGGGACAAGUGGCCCAAGUCGUUCUGGGACGACUGGAUUCGGGACAACGCUCAGCGCAAGAAUCGGGCUUGCAUUCGUCCCGAAGUGCCUCGCACGGGUACAUUUGGCCGAAUUGGUGUGUCCCAGGGUCAGUUUUACGACCAGCACCUCAAGUUUAUCAAACCUUCAAAGGUGUCGGUUCCGUUCUCGCAACACGAUCCAAGCCCGCUGACCAAGGAAAUUUAUGAUCCCGCGUUCAUCACGCGCGUGUACGAAACCGCCGAGCUGCUAUCGGCGUCGGCCGCGCGCGAGCGACGCGGCGACACAUUGCAAGAAUAUCGUAUCGAGUACGAUUACGCAUCACCAAAGUCCUUUGAGACGUUGGCACGAACGCUGGGCAUCAUGAGCGACUGGAAGGAUGGAGUGCCGCGCACUGCCUACAUGGGCGUGGUGACGUUUGUGUACCACGGGGCUCGCUAUCACUUGGCACCGCAUCGACCCUGGACUGGGUACAAGACUGAUCACAACGACUAA